AUGGACAGCGGGAAGGACGGAGGCCACCGAGAUGGGGCGGCAGGGCCAGGGCUGACCCUGCACAGGCAGAUCGGGCUGGGGAGUGCUGUGUCCCUGGUCACUGGCUGCAUGGUCGGCUCUGGCAUUUUCAUGUCCCCGCAGGGCGUCUUGGUCUACAUGGGCAGUCCCGGGGCCAGUCUGGUGGUCUGGGCCCUGUGCGGCUUCCUGGCCAUGCUAGGCGCCCUGUGCUAUGCGGAGCUGGGUGCGCUGUUUCCCGAAGCGGGGGGAGAGUAUGCCUACAUCUUGCGAACCUUCGGCUCCUUGCCAGCCUUCCUGGUCAUCUACAUGUUUGUGCUGGUGGGCAGACCGGCUGGGGUUGCUGCUCUCUCUCUGAGCUUGGCUGAGUAUGCGCUGGCUCCCUUUUACCUGGGCUGCCACUCGGUGCCCCAGGCUAUGGUCAAGAGUGUGGCAGCCUCUUGCAUCCUGCUGCUGACGCUGGCUAACUCCUGGAGCUCACGGCUGGCCACCACCCUGACGAAUGUGUGCUCGGCUGCCAAGGUGUUCUCGCUGCUGGUCAUCGUGGCCGGUGGGGCCAUGGUGCUGGGCCAGGGCCGCGGCCGCACAGAAGCGCUUCUGUUCGCCUUCCACAACACAACACAGCAGGCGGGACGUGUGGGCAUGGCUUUCUACCAGGGGCUGUGGUCCUUUGACGGCUGGAACAGCAUCCACUACGUGGUGGAGGAACUCAGGAGUCCAAGGCGGAACCUGGUGUUGGCCCUGACAGUCGCCAUCCCCCUGGUCACCAGCCUGUACGUCCUGGUCAAUGUCAGCUACUUCCUGGUGCUGUCACCCCGUGAGAUCCUCUCCUCGGAGGCGCUGGCUGUGAGCUGGGGGAACCAGGUUCUGGGCUCCUGGGCCUGGCUGAUACCCGUGGCUGUCGCGCUCUCAAUGUUGGGCUCUGCCAAUGUGGUGUUCUUCAGUGGCAGCCGAGUGUGCUACGCUGCUGCCAGACAGGGCCACAUGCCCCGGCUUAUGUCCAUGGUCCAUGUGCGUCACCUGACUCCAGCUCCUGCCCUGAUGUUCACCGCAGCCGUGGCUCUGGUCCUGGUCAUCCCAGGGGACUUCAGGACAAUUGUGAACUUCUUGAGCUCCGUGUCCUGGCUCACCUAUGGAGCCACCAUCAGCUGUCUGCUGUAUCUGCGCAUAAAGAUGAAGAGUCUUCCCCGGACCUACAAGGUCCCCACUUUCAUCCCCGCCGUCAUGAUCCUGGCUGCUCUGUGCCUGGUGCUGGUGCCCAUCAUCGACCACCCCCGGAUAGAGUUCCUGUAUGUCUUCCUGUUCCUGCUCAGCGGCUGCCUGGCGUACUUCCUGUUUGUCUACUUCCAGUGCUACCCCCAGUGUUUGCAGAUCGCCGCCCUGCAUCUCCAGCUGCUCCUGGAAGUUGCUCCGACCACCGAACAUCACUGACUGAGGAACUGGACCUGCUGAAGACCCCUCUGUUCCCACAAGUGGCCUCGCAGCAGUAAGAUUACAGCUUACUUCUAGUGAGCUCUCCAGUGCUCUGACACACCCGAGGUGCAGCACCCCCCAUGCUUUUCUCUAAGAGCUGUCUCCUCCACACUACCGUGCCUGUGUUGCACGACUGCCUCUCUGGGCACAAAUGGCCAUCUGAAUGCUAUUUACAACACAGGUGGUGCUGUCUAAUUGCCUUCUUUUGGAUGUUUGGAUGAGGAUUCUGUGGUCUUAUUUGGCUUCAAGUGAUUGCUUGAGCUGAAGAAUUGUAACCCCUGGGGCCUAUAGGAGGGCGUCUUUCAUUGUGUGGGCAGAGAAGUAGGGAAAAUGGCUGUGGUGAGAAGAAUGAAGAAGAUAAGCAAUGCGAUGUGUGGAGAAAAGACAUGCAGCUGACGUUUGGGGUGGGACGGGUCUGAGAGAGCAGCAGCCUGGCCCCUGACUGCUCCCCAGCUUUUCUCUCUGUCCUGUGGUAACUCUGAUGGUCCUCCCUGAUUCCAUUUUAAAGUGGUGCUGGGGAUGGAACCCAGGGCCUCAUGCCUACUGGGCAAGUGCUCUGCCACUAUGCCCUGGUCCUAGCUCUUCCCUGCUUUUUGAUUUUCUGGGACAAUCUGAUAACUUACAAUACAUUUCCUGGUUGGACGCAGUGAGGUAACUGUUCCUUGCAACUAGAAAAAAUUCGACUCUGCCAAUCCUUGUGCAGUAAGACAGGAUACUUAGUUAUGUUUGAAGCUGCUCACUUGCUUGAACAGGAAAGAAGCAAGAGACAUAUCUUCACGAAGAGGGGUAAUCAACUUUGGGUAGAAGAUAUGAUAAAUAUCUGGCGGGAAAACUCUAGAACAGUCUCCCCAAGACUAAGGUAGUUAUAGCACUAAGUGGAGACUAGGGACCAGAAACACCUGGCUGCCCCGGGGAGAAGGCAGGUGAGGAAGGAAUGCCCUG